GGCGACUCAUUUAUACACUCCGCUUCCCAAGAUGGUUACGAACUUUGUUGCUGGGAACAAAGGCAAAACGGUUCAAUAUCAGGCUCUCGAAGGAACCAGAUUGGCAGGAUUUUAUCUGCUGCCCUUUGAGUCCAAGUCCAGAGUUGAAGACGAUGACGUUAAAAGAGAAACCCACCUCCGUUUGUUGCCCAAAGGAAAGCAGCGGAGCAGAGAAGCAUAAUGGAGUCGGCUUUGCACGCAAUUCUGCUUGUGGGGUUCCUCCUUUUUGCUCCUGGUUCGUACGGUCAAGAGGUCACCGGAACCACCGAUGGCUCAAACUCCCUUCAGCCCUGGCUUGUGGGGCUGGCGGCCGUUGUGGGUUUCCUUGGGGUGGUCUUCGUGGCAUCACUCAUCAACCGGAUCUUCUUCGCCAACAAGACGAAAGAUGAAACAGAAACGAGAGUGGAUGCAGAUGUUGAACUCAGGCAAACUACAAGCAACAUGUAUGACAACCUUGCGCUGGAUGUAGCCGAAGAGGGACCGUCUUCAGAGGCCAAAGUGACCGAUGAGAAACUCACCACGAUGUGAGGAAAGGGCGAAGAGUCGGGAUGAGGAAAAGCGAGCCGGCGCUUGGAUUCCCCAAUUCAUUGCAAUGGCAACUCCAGAGAAGGACCAUUUGCAUUGCUUAAGGCGCUUACUUUGUGUUUAGAAACACACAAAUAAAUCAAUCUAUUCGUUUUGGGGGUGAAAGAGUUAGAUUUCGGGGUGCUUUUUGAAAGCUGAAGGGUCGUCAAUAAAAGAGAGCUGAUCAUUAAAA